AUGGACAUCACCUGAAUAGAAACCAAUCCUCCCCCCACACAAGAUCAUAAAAUGAACUGCCAGCCUUUCCAACAUAUGAGCAAGAGGCAAAUAAGAAAGCAUUGAAUCACAUGGACUAAAAACAAACCCUGAGCCAACUAUUCCUGCCAAUGCACAAACACCAUUACAAUGAGUCAACAAUGCACCUUUCGGCAUACCUGUAGUCCCACUUGUGUAGCAAAUUGUAAAAAUUGAAUCUGGCUUCGGAGGGUGUUCGUCACAAUGUGUGCCUUUAAUUGCAAGCUCUGAAAAGCUAUAAAUUUCAAUAUCAAGCUCUUUAGCUUUUUGUCUCAAUUGAGUAUCAACUGGCUCGAACUGAAUGAUAACUUCUAUACUGCCGAAAUGCUUAUCUUUUUUAUGUUUCAGCAGUUUUUCAGUUAA